CUCGAUGGCCUAACAGUCACAUUCAAGACUGUUGGAUCAAUCGCAUCGAUAAGCCAUGAAGAUUCUUGUCGGAAUCAAACGCGUUGUUGACUACGCGGUCAAGGUGCGGGUCAGCAAAGGAACCGUGGAUUUGGCCAAUGUAAAGCAAUCUAUGAAUCCUUUUUGUGAGAUUGCAGUAGAGGAGGCCGUUCGCUUGAAAGAAUCCAAGAACGCAUCGGAAGUCGUCGCACUCAGCAUCGGCCCAAAGCAGUGCACCGAAACAAUUCGUACGGCGCUCGCCAUGGGAUGUGACCGUGGAAUUCACAUUCAAACAGACUUACGUACCGACUAUAUGGAUUUGCAGCCUUUUGCGAUCGCACAGCUGUUCCAAAAGAUCGUUGAAAAGGAAAAAUCAGAUCUGGUUCUGUUGGGCAAACAGGGCAUCGAUUCGGAUUGUGGCCAAACGGGGCCAAUGCUCGCGGGAAUGAUGGGGUGGCCACAGGUGACGUUUGCAGCCAAGGUGGAAGUCAAAGACGGGGGGCUUUUGGUGGAACGCGAGACGGAUUCUGGUACAGAAACGAUUCAGGUCAAAUCUCUUCCUGCCGUUGUAACUUGCGACCUCCGCCUCAACGAGCCUCGUUACGCUACGCUUCCCAACAUUAUGAAAGCCAAGAAAAAGCCUGUCGAAACGUUGAAAGCGGAAGAAAUGGGAGUUGAUCUGGUACCGCAUAAUCAAGUAUUGGAGAUUCUAGAGCCGCCGCCAAGAAAAGAAGGAAUUAUGGUGGAGAAUGUAGAUUCGUUGAUCGACAAGCUUCGCAAUGAAGCUCAAGUUAUCUAGCUGUAAGCAAAUUCAUUCCAGUUUGACAG